UACAAUGCUGCAUAGUUUGAUCAUAAAUGAUUGCCUAAGGUUUCAGUCUUUGCCUACACUUCCAUCAAAUUUACAAUGCUUAUUUACUUCGAAUUGCCCUCAAAUGAAACCCUUAAAUCUUGAUCCACAAAUGCUAUGGAAGACCUUUGAGUCACAUAUGAAUCAGAAAGAAGAAGAUAGGCCACAUCUUUGGGUAACAAAUCCAGGGAGAGAAAUUCCACCUUGGUUUAACAAUCAAAAAGUAGAUUUUAUUAAACCAUUUCAUCAUCCAUACAACAAGCUGUUAAGUUGUGAUUCAAUGGCAUCUAUAAAAGUUGAAGUACCUGACCAUUGUCAAUCAAGUAAAUGGUGGGGAAUUGCUAUAUGUUUAGCAUUAGAACCUUUAACUAUGCAACAUAAUUCUUCUUCUCCAUCACAUGUAUUUGAUUCAUGAAAUUUUUAUUGGAGCUGCAAAGAUCCUGAUAGGGAAUUUGA